UCAGACGUCGUUGUGUUUCUGACUCCGGCGUCAUUUAGAGCUGAUAUGACUGGACUGAACUCACCGAGGAUGGAGGCGAAUAUCGUGGUGCUGGGAACGGAUAAUGUCGGAAAAUCAGCACUUACUGUUCGCUUCCUCACCCGGAGAUUCAUCGGGGAAUAUGGAGAUAUUGAGUCCAUCUACAGUCACAACAUUAGCGUGGAUGGGAGAGAGCAGACUCUCAAUAUUUGGGAUUCUCCCUAUUCACAGCAGGACUUGUCCUCCGAGUCCAUCACCUAUGAAAAGAGAGUGCAGUGGGCCGACGGCUUCGUCCUGGUCUACAGCAUCUGUGACCGAGCCAGUUUCAACAACGUCGGCAAACUCCUGCAGAGCAUAAAGGCUACAAAGGACUAUGCCGGCUUAGAGAAAUUGCCGGUAGUUAUCGUAGGAAACAAGAGGGAUCUGCACCACCGGCGCACGGUCCUCAGCGAGGACGGUCGGCUGCUGGCACUCUCUGCAGAUUGUCAGUUCUAUGAAGUCUCAGCCGCUGAGAACUACCACAGUGUCCUCAUGGUGUUCCAUGGCUUGGUUAACCGAAUCAGGGAGUCUAGGUCAGCAGUCAAAAAGCCGGCAGGCAUCAAGGGCAUUGUCAAAAGCAUGUCUGCCGUGUUUGCCCGGAGGCGUACCGACUCACUGUGAGCCAGACGGUGUUAUAGAGUCACACCUGAUUUUGGUCUGAGGUGACCUACUUUAAAUGCCAGAAACAAGGGCAGGCUGAUUCCUCUUUGGCCCCAACGUUAAGGCUUUGGUGAGGAUGUGGAAGAAGCCCUGUGGCUGAUGGCUGCUCAGAACUGUGCCACAACCACUCGAGGAAGGGCAGAGAUCAACAAUCCAGUCUGUGUGCCAUGGUGUUGGUAGUUGCUGUCGAAACCAAGUGUAAGAUGACUGCAGUAUUCCUCAUUUUGAAAAACCAGGCAUGACUGUGUGAGAAAAUAAGCUGAGGUUCCUUGUGAAAUGUAGGGGGUGUUUUAAAACACCGACCUUCACAUUAUUCCAGUGAAAAUAGAUUCAAAUGUCAGAUAUGCCACAAAGUGGAAACAUUUUGGUGGCAUUCAAAGGUUUAUUUGCUUAUUAAAAAUGUCAAAAGUCAAAGAGCGGAGAAACAAAUGUGUCAUUCUAGUCAAAGCAAUAACCUGGUGACAUCUGUGAUGGUCUAAACAGAAACAACAAUGCAUUGCUUUUAUCUACAAAGUUCAAUGUCUUACAGGAGUCACUGUGGUGUGAUCUUCAAAGUGUGAACUCUCACCCUCCUAAGAUCUUCUUACAAUUAAAGGCAGCACUGAAUAUGUAUUUGUAUGAACACAGUGCUUACAGUCCUACAGUUUCUUUGUUUUGCCUGUGCAAGCACGUCACAAGACUGAUGUUCAAAUGCAUUUGGUUUUUGUUUUGUUCCCAGACCACCUGUGACUUUGAAAGCGGGGGAAAGACUGUGUAUUGAUAAUGUAUAAUGAAAAGAUGGAAUCUAUGAAUGUGCCAAAAUUGAUUGCAUUGAAAUAAAUGAUGUGCAGUUGUAAUGCUAUACAUGUUGCAAAGCAUGAACAUACAAUGGGGCAACGUACUAAAAGCAGACUUAUUUGAUUCUACUACUUAAGAGAUCUGAGCAUAUUUGAUGGAUUUGUUAAAACGUCUGAAGCCUAGAAAAGUCUGUUGUUAGUAGAUGUGAUGUAUUACAUAUACUGAAGUAUUGUGUUUCCAUCCUCCAUUAGUUAAGACUCCAGACUCUGUAGAAGCAGUCACAACUGAAUGGCCCUCUCUGGUGAAAGACACUGUUGUCAGUCAAACAUUUGCUCUCAUGUUAUUCCGGUUUAAUAAUGGAAUAAUGGAAAUUGUUAAGUUUUAGUCGGUGAGAAAAAAGUAGUUUGUUCCUACUUCCUAGCACAUUUUUUCAUUGACAUUUUUAAAUGAUUUUCAACAAAAAUAAAUCAUUUUAAACUACA